UACCGAGGAGCAUGGCAGGGCGGCUUCCGGCCUGUGUGGUGGACUGCGGCACGGGAUAUACAAAGCUUGGAUAUGCUGGUAAUACUGAACCCCAGUUCAUUAUUCCUUCAUGUAUUGCUAUCAAAGAAUCAGCAAAAGUGGUCGAUCAAGCACAAAGGAGGGUUUUGAAAGGUGUCGAUGAUUUAGACUUCUUUAUCGGGGAUGAAGCAAUAGAAAAACCAACUUAUGCAACCAAGUGGCCCAUCCGCCAUGGUAUAGUUGAAGACUGGGACUUGAUGGAGAGAUUUAUGGAGCAAGUAAUCUUCAAGUAUCUAAGGGCAGAACCUGAGGAUCAUUAUUUUCUUUUGACUGAGCCACCUUUGAAUACACCAGAAAAUAGAGAAUAUACUGCUGAAAUAAUGUUCGAGUCUUUCAAUGUUCCAGGGCUAUAUAUUGCUGUUCAGGCUGUCCUUGCCUUAGCUGCAUCUUGGACGUCAAGACAAGUAGGAGAACGAACAUUGACUGGCACAGUUAUAGACAGUGGUGAUGGUGUCACUCAUGUUAUUCCUGUGGCUGAAGGUUAUGUGAUUGGCAGCUGUAUCAAACACAUUCCAAUUGCUGGGCGUGAUAUCACAUACUUCAUUCAGCAGCUGCUGAGGGAGAGAGAAGUAGGAAUUCCUCCUGAACAAUCCUUGGAAACAGCUAAAGCAGUGAAGGAACGCUUUAGUUAUGUUUGCCCUGACUUAGUAAAAGAAUUUAACAAGUAUGACACAGAUGGUACAAAGUGGAUUAAACAGUAUACUGGAAUUAACGCUAUCUCAAAGAAAGAAUUUACCAUUGAUGUUGGCUAUGAGAGAUUCCUGGGGCCAGAGAUUUUCUUCCAUCCUGAGUUUGCUAAUCCUGACUUUACACAACCUAUCUCAGAAGUAGUAGAUGAAGUUAUUCAGAAUUGUCCCAUUGAUGUUAGACGUCCUCUGUAUAAGAAUAUUGUCCUCUCUGGAGGCUCAACCAUGUUCAGGGACUUUGGUCGUCGUUUACAGCGAGACUUGAAAAGGACUGUUGAUGCCAGACUGAAACUUAGUGAAGAACUUAGUGGUGGCAGACUGAAGCCUAAGCCCAUCGAUGUACAAGUCAUUACACACCAUAUGCAGAGAUAUGCUGUUUGGUUUGGAGGAUCAAUGCUGGCUUCCACACCUGAAUUCUACCAAGUAUGCCAUACCAAAAAAGAUUAUGAAGAGAUUGGUCCUAGCAUCUGUCGUCACAACCCUGUGUUUGGAGUCAUGUCUUAAAGCUGACCUUGGAGGGGUCAGGGAUAGGGAGAUGGGGAGGAGGAAGAGGAGUCUUUCUGAUUACUUGUUUGUCUGAUGGCUGGUAUUAAGAUAACAAACGACUUGACAAUAAGAAAAAGACCAAACACAAGCAGGAUUAUUUUAAUAAGCGUCUCAACAUGCGGAUGUAGUGGAAAGCCAAAAUGAUCACGUUUUUCUUUAGAUUGAUUAUUUGAACCUGUGCGUAACAAAACAAAACAAAAAGGUGGAUUUUAGUUCUUUCUGUGCCCUGAUAUUUUGUAUAUUAAUGGAUUAUCCAAGAUUUGAUGGGAUUUGAUGGUGUGUAGAUAGUGAGCUCUAAUGCUUCUGUUGUACCCUUUCAUGGGUGCAACGCAGGAGCUUGUUUAUAUUUCAUACUUUUUUAUACUUUGAGGAAAAAUAUGAACUUAAGAUACUGUAAUAUUUGAGGAAAAAAAAUUACCAGUGACCAACUUGAAAGUAAAUUUAAAAAAAAAAAAGAAAGUCAUGACUCAUGCAACUACUUCUUGCAAAUCAUGACCAGUCUAAAUUCUGGGUUCCAUACAAUGCGAGUGCUUUUGGAACUAAGAAGCUAGUAUCUUGGAUUAACCGACGCCUGCUAGUGCUUUCUGAUUACUUGGUGCAUUUUCAUACUAUCUCUUGCUUUAAAAGAAGAAAAAAAAAA